AAAAUGAUCGGCUGAAUUGAUGGCGACAUAUGUCCGCCCUGCGAGAGCGUUAGUGAACCAUGGCGGCUGCUCCUUCCACCUCGACCUCAACUCUAGACGACAGUGCUUCAAGGCCCAGCCAGGAUGGUGAACAACUCUUGGACGUAUCCGUGCUCAAGGAUAUCGCUAGGAAAGACCUUGUUGACGCUCUAAAUUCAUUGGGUUAGGUGAAUGGUGCAAAGACACUCGUCUUGGACCCUUCGUUAGCAGGGCCAUUGAGCUUGGUUACGGAAGUGACUUUACUCAAGCCGACGCAAUAUAGCAUCAUGGUGUGGACAAGAUGUUCUGGCUAGAACCCGGUCCUCUGUCGGCGACUUCGCCGAACAUUAUCUAUCUUUGCAGGCCUAUGAUUAAGUGGAUAAAGAUUAUUGCAGACCAGAUUAAGCGACACGCAAGGGAGGGUCAAAGCUACACAUAUACUCUGCUUCUGGUACCUCGUAUUUCCACUCUUGUCAAGAGAAUACUAGAGGAGGAAGGUGUCCUGGGCGAUGUAACCGUCUCUGCGUAUAACUUGCAGUUUAUACCCAUUGCAGAGGACGUUAUAUCGUUAGAGAAUGAUAAUGCCUUCAAGGAAUUGUGGGUGGACGGAGACGAAACUGUGAUCUUCGACUCUGCUCAAGCACUCAUCACGUUGGAGAAACUUUUCGGUCUCUUCCCUCGAAUAGUAGGCAAAGGCGAUUACGCUGCUCGACUUGCAACAUUAUUGACACGACAUACAUCGACGAGCAUAUCAGACAAUUCGUCGAACAACUUGUUAGGUCAAGCUUCCGAGAAGUUUGACUCUCUAAUUAUACUUGAUCGCCGAGUGGAUAUGAUCACUCCGCUUCUUACUCAAUUGACAUAUGAAGGCCUGAUUGACGAACUCGUCGGAAUCAAGAACUCCCACGUUGAAGUUCCCGCCUCUCUGCUCGCAACGCCUGCCGCUCCUAAUGCAACACCUUCAGGGAGUGGACCUCCAACCGACCCUACGACCUCGACUGCUCCCGCCUCUUCGUUGAUGAAAGAGAAAAAGAAGAAAUAUCACUUGACAUCCACCAUUGACCCACUUUUUGCUGAGCUGCGAGAUCUCAAUUUCUCGUCUGUAGGUAAGAAGUUGAACCAGGUGGCGAGACGACUGGAUGAGGAUUACAAGGGUAGACAUCAGGCGAAGACCGUUGCACAGUUGAGGGACUUCGUGGGUAAACUGGGUGGACUUCAGACUGAGCAUCAGUCAUUGCGGCUUCAUACCGGUCUUUCUGAGAUGAUCGUUCCCAUGACACGGACAGAAGAGUUCAACAAGUCGCUUGAGAUCCAACAAAACCUCUUAGCAUCGUACGAUGUAAACCGCCAAAUUUCCGCCAUCGAGGACCUCAUAAACCAGGGUGCCGAUAUGCAAACCAUCUUGCGACUGUUAUGCCUGGCAAGCAUCAUCACCGGAGGUAUAAAAACAAAGACCCUCGACAUCAUCAAGCGUGAGAUUCUUCAGGUAAGUUUUGUUGCAGUGACGGCCUCUUCGUUGCUGAAAAUGAUACAGUCAUACGGAUACAACUACCUCCCCCUCCUGCUAUCACUUUCAUCGCCACCCUUAUCGGCCCUUGUCCCUAACCCACUGCCAGCAUCGACGCCACCCUCCAUCGUCACUGCCUCCAAAUAUCCCUACACAUCGCUUCGGAAGUCUUUACGGCUUCUCAUUGAGGAUCCAGACCCCAUGGAAGAACUCGAGAACGACAUAUCCUACGUCUACAGCGGAUAUGCGCCUAUCAGCGUCCGAUUAAUCCAAUGUGUAGCUCAGAAGGGUGGGGUGUUGAGCAAUCCAGCUGGUGACAAGGACAAGAAGAUCAACAUCCCUGCCGAUACUGAAACAAGCGGUGGUGCAAAGGGUAAGGGGGUAGCUGACGCCAAAGUACGGGCACAUCCCAUCGUGGGGUGGAAGGGCUUUGAGGAUGUCGUGGCGAGUAUUCCGGGAGAGACUGUGGAUAUUGUGCAGAAGAUUCCGGGCAGCUCGGAGAGUCAUGUUCCUGCCGUGUCAAACCUCCUGCUACCAGGAGAACAGUCUUCCACCACCUCAGUAUUUUUCCUUGGUGGUUGUACAUACACGGAGGUCGCUGCUUUGCGAUGGGUGGGAAGGCAGAACAAGGGUCGUAAGUUCCUGAUUGCCACGACAGGCAUAAUCAGUGGUUCUAGUAUGAUCGACAGCAUUGCAGGAAUCGGUGGAACGACAUCCGGUUCAAGGGACGCCGGGUUGUGAGCAGGAGCUUCCCAUGAACCAGAGCGUAGGAUCGUUAUGUCAUUGUUGAUGUUCGUUCCUUGAAGCAAAUAUACCUCAUUUUUGUCCUACUCCCAAAAGUUGCUGAACGCACUUGCACUGUAAAGGGAUUGAACCCACGGUGGAGAGGUACCUGGCUAUG